GUAGAGAUCAAAUCAAACAACAUGAGUGGAAGAGGUAAAACCGGAGGCAAAGCCAGAGCGAAGGCAAAGACCCGCUCCUCCCGUGCUGGGCUCCAGUUCCCGGUCGGUCGUGUUCACAGGCUGCUGCGCAAAGGAAACUAUGCGGAGCGUGUGGGUGCCGGUGCCCCCGUCUACCUGGCGGCUGUGCUGGAGUACCUGACCGCUGAGAUCCUGGAGUUGGCGGGAAACGCAGCCCGUGACAACAAGAAGACCCGUAUCAUCCCCCGCCACCUGCAGCUGGCUGUCCGCAACGACGAGGAGCUCAACAAGCUCCUGGGCGGAGUGACCAUCGCUCAGGGCGGCGUGCUGCCCAACAUCCAGGCUGUUCUUCUGCCCAAGAAGACCGAGAAGCCCGCCAAGAAGUAGAUCUGCUGGAAACACCAACACAAAGGCUCUUUUAAGAGCCACACACUCACCUCUCAAACAGCAGAUCCUCGUGUCUCUGAUGCAUAUUUUUUGUAUGUUUAUAAGAGGAAAGUGUUGUUUAUUUAAAUGCAUUUUUGUUUCGUUUUUUUGGAACAAAACUUUAUACAAUCUUAAGAGCUAUAAUAAUGAGCUGACAUACAGACCCCUAAUUGAUUUAGUUUGAAUCUUUGCCAAUAUCCAUUUUGUGAGGAAGUGAAAUCCACCACAAUUUAGUUUGAUUACAUUUCAUACAUGUUGUGCGCACGCGCACACACAAGCACGUACUCACGCACGCACACACACGGUUGUCACAGUGUAUGGGAGGAUAUAAGAUUCAGUGUGAUGACAGAAAGGUUGCAGUUUCAUCAGCUCAUUGGAAUAUUAGUUGAAAUAUUAAUGAGUCACUUUUUUCUAUCAUGUUAGAUGAUCAGUACAGGCCAGUAAUGAUUUGGUUUCAUUUUUGUUUACAUAAAUGUUACACCGAAUCACUAGGCUUACUCUGAAUUAAGUUAAAAUCAAUGCAGACAAAAGGUUUUAGAAACAUAAAUUGAUACUGUAACUUUAUUUGGCAUUUUUAUUAAAUAACGAACUAACCUC